AUGACAUGGAUAACUACUGAUCAAUCUGACUUGAAUUAUGAAGAACAAAAUCAAUAUAAAAUUUGUAUUCAAUUUUCAAAUCAAUCAGAAUCGAUUGAAAAAUUUUUUUUUAUUAAUAUUAAAGAUAUUAAUGAACCACCUUACAAUUUUCAAUGUUCUAAUCAAACAGGUAUAUGUACAGUUUUCGAUGAUGAUUUCAAUCAAACAUUAAAAUUUGAAAUGAAAACUAUUAAUAGUCUUGAUAAUGAAACACUAUAUGAAAUAACUUGUACUGAUAAUGGUCAACCAUCUUUAUCGAAUAUUGUCAUAUUAUAUUCUAAUGACGGAGAUAAAACAGAACAACAACGACAACGUCGACAGGCAAAUUUACCACCUCAAGAUAUUUAUUUUAAUAUAUCUAAUUUAAGUAUACCAGAAAAUUCACGAAAUAUUGAAAUAGCCCAUGUUUUUGUGGUUGAUGAAGAUAAUGAUAAUUAUACAUGUUCUAUGUAUACACUUAAUACUCCUUCACAUCAUCAACCAUUUGAAAUUAUUAAUGGAAUAUUACGAACUAAAUCGACUAUGAAUAAUAAAAAUUAUGAUCUGGAUUUUGAAACAAUACCAGUUUAUGAUAUAACAGUAUCAUGUUCUGAUUUAAUUCAUCAUUUUACUAUUAGUAAAAAUUUUACUAUUACCAUUAGCGAUAUUAAUGAAGCACCGGUUGCAUUAACAUUAAUAUCUAAUACACUUCCAGAAAAUUCACCAACAGGAUAUGUUAUUGGUCAAUUACGUACAACUGAUCCAGAUAUAUAUUCAGUGAAUCAAACUUUUCAAUAUACGAUUGUUACUGAUCUAAGUCAUACAUUUGCAUUAGAAAAUGAUACAUUAAUUUUAAAACGUGAAAAUUCCGUUGAAAUGUGUAUAUCUCAACCAGAUUUAUGUCCACAUGAUUAUGAACAAAUAACUUCAUUACUUAUUCGUAUACUUGUUGAAGAUAAUGGUGUACCACGAACAUCACAGAAAUUUUGGAUGCAAAUUGUAAUAACUGAUGAAAAUGAUCCACCACUUAAUUUACAAUUAGAUAAAAAUACUGUUAUGGAAAAUUCACCUAUUGGAACAUUAGUUGGAUCAUUUUCAGUGGAAGAUCAAGAUUUAUAUCAAACACAUACAUAUACACUUGUUAAUGAAAAUUCAUUUUCAUCAAAAGGAUUUUGUUUUACUAUUGAAGAUAAUGAUUUACGUUUAAUACGAUCACCUGAUUUUGAACAAGAACAAUUUAUUCUUAUUACUGUACAAGCAACAGAUAAUGGAAUACCACCGAAAAACAUUACAAGUGAUUUUCUCAUGGAAAUACUUGAUGUUGAUGAACCGCCGAAUACAUACAUAUUUGUUUCAAAUAUUGAUAAUAUUAUGUCGGAUGAUAUAAUUACUAAUUUAAUAAAUGGAAUAAAUCCAAUGCAAACUAAUUAUUUACCACAAAAUACAUAUUUUCAAUCAUCACUUGGACGAGUUCUUUUUAUAAUAGAAGAUCAUGAUAGAGAUAUAUAUUUACAAGGAUAUGAUGGUACACUUCUAACUGAAUUAGGUUUUUCAAAGCCAACAUGUACAUUUUUAACAGAAAUUCCAUUUCGAUUAUUAUGUACAUCAAUUGUUACUGUUGCUAAUCCACGUUCAUUUUAUGAUGAUAAUGAUCAUGAUAGACAUUUAGUUAUUACUUUAUUAACAUUAACAAGUAAUAAUAAAACAAUGACAUUUUCAAAUCCAUUACGAAUUCAAUUUGAAAAUAUUACUUUAACAAUCAAUGGUCGACAAAAAGAAUAUAUCUACAUACCGAAAUACAAUGCAACUUCUCUUACGAUUGGUUCAAUUGAUGCAAUUGAUGUAGCAGCUGCUGGAGAACCUGUAGCAAAUGUUAGACUUAAUGAAAAUAGCUCUUUAUCUUAUCCAUUUGAGAUUGUUAAUUCAACUAUUCUUAAAGUUCGUGAUGAUGUCAAUUUUUCUUCAUCAAAUCUAUCAUUAAUAUUUAAUGUUAGUGUAUUAGUAACAACAACUGAUGAAGAUAGUCGAAUCGUAGAAAAAUAUUUAACUGUUUAUGUCGAAGAUAAAAAUGAUUUUAAUAUUACAUUAUCAAAUAAUAAGAUUAUGGAAAAUUCUCAUGAGAAUACAUCAAUUGGAAAUUUCAUUCUCGAAAAUGAUAUAUCUAGUUAUACUAUUAUUCUUAUAGAUAAUGCCAAUGGACGAUUUAAAUUGAAUGAAAAAAAUCUAUUAACAGCUAAGAAAUAUAUUGAACAUUGUCAUUUAAAUCAAACAUGUCCAUUAAAUCAUGAAAUCGAACCCAUAAUUAAUAUAACUGUUGCAGUUCAGUAUGAAUUAACUAAUGAAACUCUUCGUUAUGUUACGUUUCCUAUUGAAAUUGAAGAUGAAAAUGAAACACCAUAUAAUUUAACUUUAUCUAGUCAAGUAGUUCCAGAAAAUACAACAAUUGGUUCAACAAUUGGUAUUAUAAAUGCAACGGAUGUUGAUUUUAAUCAAACAUUAACAUAUACAACAACAAAUUCAAUAUUUACUAUAGUUGAUAAUCGUUUAAUAUUACAAAAAAAAUUAAGUUAUGAUAAACGACGAUUUAUUCCAAUUAUUAUUCGAGCAACUGACAAUGGACAACCACCAACAUUUAUAGAACAUGUAUUUGUUAUAAAUGUAACUGCAGUAAAUCGACCACCGAUUAAUGCAACAUCCAAAUUGAUGACUGUUUAUAUUUCACAAAAUUCAACAUCAUUAGUUGUCGGUCAAAUACGUAUUAUUGAUCCAGAUGUAAAUGAAAAUUUUACUAUUACAUUUGAUAAACCAAAUUAUCAAGCAUUAUCACCAGCUAAAAAUUCAUAUUCAAUUAUAACAGAUGAUGGGUUAGAAUUAAUGGGACAAAUUUAUAAUGUUAGUAUUGUAGAUUUAAAUCCACCACAUGGACAAGAGAAAAUUAAUUACUUUGUUAAUGUAACAGCAAAUAUAACAGAUGCCGGUGGAUAUUCACUGACACAUGAAUUCAGUGUAUAUUAUAUAUCAAGACCAACAAGUAAUUCAACUAGCGGAUCAACGAUGCAACCAAUAACAAUAGGGAAUACAUCUUUACUUCAAGCAUUACAUAUUCGUAUUUAUGAAACAACACCACCAAAUACUCCAAUUAUUCGUAGUCUUUUACGUUCUUCAUUAUUGAAUAAUUCCUUAUCGAAUUUACCAACAUGUACUGCUACAGAUGAACAAGGUUAUUCAUUUAUAGUGAAUACAACAAAUACAAAUCAAUUAGCAUUUAUUAUCUUUUUACCAGAUAAUUAUAUAUUAAAUUCAACAAUUCAUCCAACUAUUAUCGUUAAUGUAAAAUGUCACAUAACAAAUGAUACAAAUGUAGAUCAAGACAUUGUUAUCGAUGUUUUACCGGCUCCACCCACAAUACAGAUAAACUUUAAUCAAACAAAAACAUUUUAUGCAACAAACAACAUCAAUAAUGAUAGUAUAUUGGGCACAUUUAAUCUUAUUGAAUUAACAACAACACCAACAAAUCGAACAUAUAAUUUUUCAUUAGUAAAUAAUCAAGAUAUAUUUCAACUUUUACCAAAUCGUAGUCUUAUUCAAAUUGGUGAAUAUCCAUCUAGUAUAUUACAAUUUGAUAAUCCUAUUAUUAAUUUAACAAUUCAAGCAGUUGAAACAACACAAGAUAAACCAACACGUCUUGUUCAAAAAACAUUUAGUGUACCAAUUAUUAUCAAUUCAUCAAUACCAACGAUUACAUUUAGUCAAUCAUCAAUAUCAAAUAAUACAAAUCCAAAUACAAUUAUUGGAAAUUUUACUGUAAAAAAUAUAACAAUACCUUAUCGAUUAGAAUUAAUUGAUACAUAUGAUAAUGGUCUUGAAUUAAGUUCAGAUAGACAUAGUCUAAUACUUCAAAGACCAAUUAAUACAUUUCCAUUGAUUAAUAAUCGAACACAAUUACAAUUUAAAGUUGCAUUAAUUAAUGAAACAAAUGGAACUAUAUUAUUAACAACAUUUCCUUUAAGAAUUACUUAUCCAACAAGUAUAGAUAUAUGUUUAAAUAAAGAUUGUGGUAAUGGUACAUGUAUUCAUCUUACUGAAUCUGUUUCAUAUUGUUUAUGUACAGGUGGUUAUACAGGUAUAGAUUGUCGAGGUGUGGAUUCAUGUGCAUAUAGUCCAUGUAAACAUAAUAGUAUGUGUCAUCAAUUAUCUCCUGAAGGAAAUUUUUCAUGUCAAUGUUUACCAAAUUAUUCUGGUAUUUAUUGUGAAAUACCGAUUGAUAUAUGUCAAGUAAAUAAAUCUUCUUGUCCAUCAACAGAUAUAUGCAUUCCAAUUUAUAAUAAUCUAACUAAUUUUUUUACAUGUAUUUCAAAAGAUAAACGUCAAUAUUUUGUAUUUGAUUAUUUAAAUGAUUAUAAAAAUAUUGAUGCUGUUUAUGAUGAAAAUUUUCCACGAAAUCUUCAAGAUUUUAUUAAUAAUAGUUUAUUAUUAAUUGAAAAUAUUGUUUUAUCAGAAACUAGAAUACUUGGUCCAUAUAAAUAUAAUCGAGCACAAUUAAUGUCAGUUGCUGUCGAAAUAUCUAAUGAUAAUUUUACAACAUUGAAUCAUGCUUUCGAAAUGUUUUGCAUUAAACAAUCAUUAAUUACGGAUUCAUUUGCUCGUGAAAUGUGUUCUGGUUAUCAACAAGCAAUUUAUCUUGAUGAAUAUUUUAAAUCAACACCAGACUUUUGUCCUAAUUGUACAUUUGUUGAAGCUGCUGAUAAAUAUUAUUGGUUUGAUAAAAUAAUUCCAUAUUUACCAUUAUGGAUAACUGUUAUUAUUGGAUCUCUUUUAAUGGCAAUCAUUCCAUUUAUACCAUUCAAUUUAAAUGCACCAAAAAAAGUUACCUUACCAUUAAUGAAAACAAUGAUAGGUCCUGAAUAUGAAGUAACGCCAGCAUUGGUAAAAUCAGUUCGAUCAGCAGCAAAAAUCAGUCAUUGUUCUUAUCGCGAAAGAAAUGAUUCUGGUUAUGAGAGUAAUGAGGAUGAUAUUGAUAAUUAUCUCGAAGAAAUAAUUACUAAUCAUCAACAAGAAUUUCAUGUUUAUCCUGUUUUAUCUCGAACACGUUCAAUAUCAAUGGAACGUCGAGGUACAACUAUUGAUGAUUUAAUUUCACAAAGUAAUAAUCCAACUUCACGAUCAACAAGUUUCUCUCAUAAUCCUCGACGUCAUUUUCAACGAUCUGCUUCAAUGUCACCACAAAAAUCUCAUCGACAAUCAUCUAUUAAUAAUAGUCAAACAUUAAAACCAAUAAUUCAACAACGUUCACCAUUAUUCGAUUCAAGUCUUGGAACAUUAAUGCGUUUAACAGGUACACCAAGAUUAAAUCAUGAUAAUGAUACAUAUGUAUCAACAACAUUUCGUAAUGAAAAUACAUCAAAAUUUGUUAUUGGAACAUUAUGGAAUACAUUUGCAUUAGUUAAUAAUCUUUUUUUACAACGACCAAGAAAUCGACGUAAUGCUAUUUCAGGUGACUCAAAUAUUCAUGCUGAAGAAUUAGCACGUUUAGAACAAUUAUAUUCACUUGCUGAACGUGAUCAAGCUAAUGAUGGUUCAACAAAUAAUCUUGAAUCUAUUAUUCCAGAAAUUUUAUCACCAUCAAGACCAUAUAAAACAAAUCAUUUACAAUCAAUUAUUUUUGAUAUACUUUCAUCAGCAAAACAUCAUCAUUGUACUUGUUAUGCAAAUCAUCAUCUUCCAACAUGUAUUUAUUAUGAUCAUUCAUUACCAUAUGUAGGACGUUUUGCUGGUAGCACAUCACAACUUGAAAAAAUUUUUCAUGAUAUACGCAAAUUGAAUAGACCACGUUAUCAAGAUGCAGGAACUCAAUCAUCUAUAGAAAAACCUCUAAGAACUUUUACACAUAUUAAACCAACAACUAAUGUAUCAACACAAUCAAGUCCAAUUUUAAAUCUAAGACGAUUUCAUCGUCAUGUUUCUACACAAUAUAGUCCAAUGCUAGACAAAAAUUUAACAGAAUUAAAAUUGAAAAACCUAGAUGACAAAUAUUAUGAUCAUAAUAGUAUUGAUGUUUCAACUCAAACAAUAGAAAAUAAGAAAAAUAAUUUAAACGAUAUUUCAACACAAUUUAGUCCUAUACCAAUAGAAGAUAAUAGUGAUAGAAAUUUUUUAUAUCAACCAAAAUCAAGAAUAAAUAUAUAUGAUGAUCAUAUGCAUGUCAAUACAUCUACUCAAUUUAGUCCAACUUCAAUCGAAGAUAUUUCACCAAAUUUUCGAACUCGAACAAUUAAUGAUAUGAAAAUAAAACAUACAAAUGCAUCAACUCAAUUUAGUCCAAUUCCAGUCGAAAAUAUUUCUACUCAAUAUUGUAUAGAAGAAAUAAAAGAUAAAAAACCGAAACAAAUAAUAAAUAAUUUACCUCCAGUAACUUCAAAAGUUAAACAAGAUAAUACUAUUAAUAAUCAAAGAAAUUUACUUAUGAAUGAAUUAAAACAAGUUUUAUCUUCAUCAACAUCAAAAGAAUCUAUAGUUCACGAAGAACAACCAGAAAAAAAAUCUCCUCCACCACAUUCAGUUCGAAGUCUUGUUUCAAUGUUCGAAACAACUUCAAUACCUAAUAAAGCAAAUAUGAUUUUUCAACCUAAAUCUUUUACAAAACUUACAACUAGUAAUCAAAAAUUAAUAAGUCCAUUAGACUCGAAACCAAUUAAUAUGGGUAUUGAAGAAAUUCAUUCAUCUAUUAUUCCUAAUGCAGUUGAACAAUAUGCAAAGGAAAUGGCAUCAAAUAUAGUUGAAAAUGCUGUUCUAACAGCAACAACAACAACUGUUUAUUGUAACCAAUCACCACCACCACUACCAACACAACAACAACAACGGCGUUUUUCAUUUUAUAAUAAUGGUGGUGGACAUGGUAAGAGUUUAUUAUUUCAAGCAAAUACUUUUGUACCAUCUAAUGGCAUAGUUAAUCAAGAAGAAACUCCAGAUUUACGGGCCGAAUCUGCGGCAUCGAGUACAUUAUUACACGAUCCUUUAUCGUCAACGAUGCCUAUAAAUACAGAAAAUGAAUCUCAACAUACAUUAAUCGUUGGUCGAUAUGUUGAUGGUAAUGAUUCUAAUCGAUGGAAAACAAAACCACGUCGUAAUUUAACAGUUGAUACUAAAUUUGAUUUAAGUUCAUCAUCAUCAGCAUCAUUAAAUGAUGAACAAAUUGAUCGACCACAAUAUCUUUCUCAUAGUCAACUUUUUUCUGCACAUGAAUUAUAUAUACGACCAUGGCUUAUAAGACGAGCAACACUACCUAAUAUUCAUUGUCUUGAUAAUAAUAUAAGUGAUACACGUGUUGAAACAACAACACCAAUAACAAAAAAUUUAUCGGAUAUGUUUUUUAAUGUUUUUCCAAAUAAUCAUAAACUAGAUGUAUCUACACGUUUUACUUGUUUAAUUACAAUAUUACUCUAUCUUGAUAAUGUUCAUGAUGAAAAUUCAAAUAAAAUUUUAUAUGAUGAACUUAAUCGAAUUGAAAAACAAUUUACAAAUGAAAACAUACCAUCAUCAAUAGUUAAUUCAAAUGUAUUUCAAACAAUAAAUCCUGAUGGAAGUAAACGUUAUAGAACAGGAUUUAUUCUUGAUAUAAAUCCAUCUGAUUCAAUAAAUAUACCAAAAAUUUUUUCAAAACAAAUCGAAUGGAAACGUGUUAAAAUGAUUAUAAGACGUUUUAGAAAAAAAUAUCAACAUUAUAAACAAUUAAUAAAAAAUGAUCAGAAAAGAAAUUCUAAACAAUUGAAUAUUGAAAAUUAUUUGAAAUAUUUUGAUCCGACAUCUAAACGUCGCAUGAAAAAAUAUGCGAAACAUUAUGCAGAAAAAUUAUAA